AUGUUCCUUCUUUCUCAAUCAGUUGUUCCUUCUUUCUUUUCACUCAGUUCUUUCUUUCUAUCGUCUUUUUCUUUCCUUUCUCUCUUAGCCAAUUUCUUCUUUCUUUUCACUCAUUUUCUUUCUUUUCUAUCGUCUUUUCUUUCUUUCUUUGUCCUUUCUCUCUUAUCAAUCAGUUGUUCCUUUUCAAUUUCUUUUUCAUCGUCUUUUAUUUCAGUUCUUUGUCCUUUCUCUCUUAUCAAUCAGUUGUUCCUUCUUUCUUUUCAAUCAGUUCUUUCUUUUUUCUAUCGUCUUUUCUUUCGGCCUCCUUUCUCUCUUAUCAAUCAGUUGUUCCUUCUUUCUUUUCAAUCAGUUCUUUCUUUCUAUCGUCUUUUCUUUCGGCCUUUCUUUGUCCUUUUCUCUUAUCAAUCAGUUGUUCCUUCUUUUUCAAUCAGUUCUUUCUUUCUAUCGUCUUUUAUUUUGGCCUUUUUUGUCUCUCUCUUAUCAAUCAGUUGUUCCUUCUUUCUUUUCAAUUUCUUUCACUCGUCUUUUAUUUCGGUUUCUUUGUCCUUUCUAUCGUUGUUCCUUUUUCUUUCACUCAGUUCUUUCUUUCUAUCGCCUUUCCCUUUCUAUUGUCCUUUCUCUCUUAUCAAUCAGUUGUUCCUUCUUUCUUUUCAAUCAGUUUUUUCUUUCUAUCGUCUUUUAUUUCGUUUGUCCUUUCUCUUCAAUCAGUUGUUCCUUCUUUCUUUUCACUCAGUUCUUUCUUUCUAUCGUCUUUUUUUUCGGCCUUUCUAUUGUCCUUUCUCUCUUAUCAAUCAGUUGUUCCUUCUUUCUUUUCAUCAGUUCUUUUUUUUCUAUCGUCUUUUCUUUCUUUCUAUUGUCCUUUCUCUCUUAUCAAUCAGUUGUUCCUUCUUUCUUUUCAAUCAGUUCUUUUUCUUUCUAUCGUCUUUUUUAUUUCGGCCUUUCUAUUGUCCUUUCUCUCUUAUCAAUCAGUUGUUCCUUCUUUCUUUUCCUCAGUUCUUUUUUUUCUAUCGUCUUUUAUUUCGGCCUUUCUAUUGUCCUUUCUCUCUUAUCAAUCAGUUGUUCCUUCUUUCUUUUCACAAUCAGUUCUUUCUUUCUAUCGUCUUUUUCUUUCAGUCCUUUCUCUCUUAUCAAUCAGUUGUUCCUUUUUCUUUUCAAAUCAGUUCUUUCUUUCUAUCGUCUUUUCUUUCGGCCUUUCUAUUGUCCUUUCUCUCUUAUCAAUCAGUUGUUCCUUCUUUCUUUUCAAUCAGUUCUUUCUUUCUAUCGUCUUUUAUUUCGGCCUUUCUAUUGUCCUUUCUCUCUUAUCAAUCAGUUGUUCCUUCUUUCUUUUCAAUCAGUUUUUUCUUUUCUAUCGUCUUUUCCUUUCUAUUGUCCUUUUCUCUCUUAUCAAUCAGUUGUUCCUUCUUUCUUUUUCUUCUUUCUUUCUCGUCUUUUCUUUCGGCCUUUCUAUUGUCCUUUCUCUCUUAUCAAUCAGUUGUUCCUUCUUUCUUUUCAAUCAGUUCUUUCUUUCUAUCGUCUUUUUCUUUCGGCCUUUCUAUUGUCCUUUUCUCUCUUAUCAAUCAGUUGUUCCUUCUUUCUUUUCAAUCAGUUCUUUCUUUCUAUCGUCUUUUAUUUCGGCCUUUCGGCCUUUCUAUUGUCUUCUUUCUUUUCACUCUUAUCAAUCAGUUGUUCCUUUCUUUCUUUCAAUCAGUUCUUUUUCUUUCUAUCGUCUUUUUUUCGGCCUUUCUAUUGUCCUUUCUUCUUAUCAAUCAGUUGUUCUUUUUCUUUCAAUCAGUUCUUUCUUUCUAUCGUCUUUUCUUUCAGUUUUUGUCCCCUUUUCUCUCUUAUCAAUCAGUUGUUCGGCCUUUCUAUCGUCUUUUUCUUUCUCAAUCAAUCAGUUGUUCCUUCUUUCUUUUCAAUCAGUUCUUUCUUUCUAUCGUCUUUUCUUUCGGCCUUUCUAUUGUCCUUUCUCUCUUAUCAAUCAGUUGUUUCUUCUUUCUUUUCAAUCAGUUCUUUCUUUCUAUCGUCUUUUCUUUCGGCCUUUCUGUUGUCCUUUCUCUCUUAUCAAUCAGUUGUUCCUUUCUUUUCAAUCAGUUCCUUUCUAUCUCUUUUCUUUCGGCCUUUUCUAUUUGUUUCUCUCUUAUCAAUCUUUUCCUUUUUCUUUUCAAUCAGUUCUUUCUUUCUAUCGUCUUUUAUUUCGGCCUUUCUAUUGUCCUUUCUCUCUUAUCAAUCAGUUGUUCCUUCUUUCUUUUCAAUCAGUUCUUUCUUUUCUAUCGUCUUUUUAUUUCGGCCCUUUCUAUUGUCCUUUCUCUUAUCAAUCAGUUGUUCCUUCUUUCUUUUCGGCAGUUCUUUCUUUUAUCGUCUUUUAUUUCGGCCUUUCUAUUGUCCUUUCUCUCUUAUCAAUCAGUUGUUCCUUCUUUCUUUUCAAUCAGUUCUUUCUUUCUAUCGUCUUUUCCUUUCUAUUGUCCUUUCUCUCUUAUUGUUCCUUCUUUUCUUUUCUCUUCUUUCUUUCAUCGUCUUUUCUUUCGGCCUUUCUAUUGUCCUUUUCUCUUCAAUCAGUUGUUCCUUUUUCUUUUCAAUCAGUUCUUUUCUAUCUCUUUUCUAUCGUCUUUUUUCUUUUCACUCAUUUUCUUUCUAUCGUCUUUUAUUUCUUUCAUUGUCCUUUCUCUUUCAAUUUGUUCCUUUUCUUUUCUCUUUUAUUUCAGCCUUUCUAAUUGUUCCUUCUUUCUUUUCAAUCUUUCUUUCUAUCGUCUUUUCUUUCGGCCUUUCUAUUGUCCUUUCUUUCUUAUCAAUCAGUUGUUCUUUUUCUUUUCAAUCAGUUCUUUCUUUCUAUCGUUUUUUUUCGGCCUUUCUAUUGUCCUUUCUCUCUUAUCAAUCAAUCAGUCUUUUAUUUCGGCCUUUUAUUGUCCUUUCUCUCUUAUCAAUCAGUUGUUCCUUCUUUCUUUUCUUUUCUUUCCUUUCUCUCUUAUCAAUCAGUUCUUUUUUUCUUUUCAAUCAGUUCUUUUUUUCUAUCGUCUUUUCUUUCGCCUUUCUAUUGUCCUUUCUCUUAUCAAUCAGUUGUUCCUUCUUUCUUUUCAAUCAGUUCUUUCUUUCUAUCUUUUCUUUUUUCUUUUCGGCCUCUUCUAUUGUCCUUUCUUUUCUCUCAGUAUCAAUCAGUUGUUCCUUCUUUCUUUUCAAUCAGUUCUUUCUUUUUUCUAUCGUCUUUUUUUUCCCUUUCUAUUGUCCUUUUCUCUUAUCAAUCAGUUGUUCCUUCUUUCUUUUCAAUCAGUUUUUCUUUCUAUCGUCUUUUUAUUUCUAUUGUCCUUUCUCUUUCUUCUUUCUUAUCAAUCAGUUGUUUUCCUUCUUUCUUUCAAUCAGUUCUUUUUCUUUCUAUCGUCUUUUAUUUCGGCCUUUUCUAUUGUCCUUUCUCUCUUAUCAAUCAGUUGUUUUCUUCCUUCUUUUCUUUUUUCAAUCAGUUCUUUUUUUCUUUGGGCCUUUCUUUUAUUCUCGGCCUUCCUUAUUUCUUUUCCUCAGUUCUUUCUUUCAAUCGUCUUUUUCUUUUUCUUUCUAUUGUCCUUUCUCUUAUCAAUCAGUUGUUCCUUCUCUUUCAUUUUCUUUCUUUCUAUCGUCUUUUUUUUUCAGCCUUUCUAUUGUCCUUUCUCUUUUCAAUCAGUUGUUCCUUCUUUCUUUUCAAUCAGUUCUUUUCUUUCUAUCGUCUUUUAUUUCGGCCUUUCUAUUGUCCUUUCUCUCUUAUCAAUCAGUUGUUCCUUCUUUCUUUUCAAUCAGUUCUUUCUUUCUAUCGUCUUUUUAUUUUCGGCCUUUCUAUUGUCCUUUCUCUCUUAUCAAUCAGUUGUUCCUUCUUUCUUUUCUUUCUUUUUUCUAUCAAUCAGUUCUUUUUCUUUGUCUUUCUCUCUUAUCGUUGUUCCUUUUUCUUUUCAAUCAGUUCUUUUCUUUCUAUUGUCCUUUCCUUUCUCUCUUAUCAAUCAGUUGUUCCUUCUUUCUUUUCAAUCAGUUCUUUCUUUCUAUCGUCUUUUUCUUUCGGCCUUUCUAUUGUCCUUUUCUCUUAUCAAUCAGUUGUUCCUUCUUUCUUUUCACUCAGUUCUUUCUUUCUAUCGUCUUUUCUUUCGGCCUUUCUAUUGUCCUUUCUCUUAUCAAUCAGUUGUUCCUUCUUUCUUUUCAAUCAGUUCUUUCUUUCUAUCGUCUUUUCUUUUCGGCCUUUCUUUGUCCUUUUCUCUCUUAUCAAUCAGUUGUUCCUUUUUUUUUCUUUCUUUAUUUCUAUCGUUCUUUUCUUUCUUUCGUUGUCCUUUUAUCAACCAUUUGUUUCCUAUUGUUUCUUUCUCUCUUAUCAAUCAGUUGUUCCUUCUUUCUUUUUCAACUCAGUUCUUUUCUUUCUAUCGUCUUUUUCUUUCGGCCUUUCUAUUGUCCUUUCUCUCUUAUCAAUCAGUUGUUCCUUCUUUCUUUUCAAUCAGUUCUUUCUUUCUAUCGUCUUUUCUUUUCGGCCUUUCUAUUGUCCUUUCUCUCUUAUCAAUCAGUUGUUCCUUCUUUCUUUCAAUCAGUUCUUUCUUUUCUUUUUUUUAUUUCGGCCUUUCUAUUGUCCUUUCUUCUUAUCAAUCAGUUGUUCCUUCUUUCUUUUCAAUUUCAAUCAGUUGUCUUCAAUUUGUUCGGCUUUUCACUCAGCGUUCUUUUUUUCUAUCGUCUUUUCUCCUUUCUUUAUCAAUCAGUUGUUCCUUCUUUCUUUUCACUUUCUUUCUUUCAUCUUCUUUCUUUCUAUUUUUUCUUUCGGCCUUUCUUUGUCCUUUCUCUCUUAUCAAUCAGUUGUUCUUUUUCUUUUCAAUCAGUUCUUUCUUUCUAUCGUCUUUUAUUUCGGCCUUUCUAUUGUCCUUUCUCUCUUAUCAAUCAGUUGUUCCUUCUUUCUUUUCAAUCAGUUCUUUCUUUCUAUCGUCUUUUUAUUUCGGCCUUUCUAUUGUCCUUUGUUUCUCUUAUCAAUCAGUUUCUUCCUUCUUUCUUUUCAAUCAGUUCUUUUUUCUAUCGUCUUUUCUUUCGGCCUUUCUAUUGUCCUUUCUCUCUUAUCAAUCAGUUGUUCCUUCUUUCUUUUCAAUCAGUUCUUUCUUUCUAUCGUCUUUUCUUUUCGGCCUUUCUAUUGUCCUUUCUCUCUUAUCAAUCAGUUGUUCCUUCUUUCUUUUCACUCAGUUCUUUCUUUCUAUCGUCUUUUUUUCGGCCUUUCUAUUGUCCUUUUCUCUUUAUCAAUCAGUUGUUCCUUCUUUCUUUUCAAUCAGUUCUUUCUUUCUAUCGUCUUUUCUUUCGGCCUUUCUAUUGUCCUUUCUCUCUUAUCAAUCAGUUGUUCCUUCUUUCUUUUCAAUCAGUUCUUUCUUUCUAUCGUCUUUUUUUUUCGGCCUUUCUAUUGUCCUUUUCUCUCUUAUCAAUCAGUUGUUCCUUAUUUCUUUUCACUCAGUUCUUUCUUUUCUAUCGUCUUUUCUUUAUUUCUGGCCUUUUCUCUUGUCCCUUCUUUCUUUUCAAUCAGUUCUUUCCGUCUUUUUCGGCCUUUCUAUUUUUUUUCUUAUCUCAGUUGUUUCUUCUUUCCUUUCUUCUUUCUUCUCGUCUUUUCUUUUUCUAUUCAUCCCUCUUAUCAAACAGUUUUUUUUUUUUUUUUUUUUUCAACUUUCGGUUUUUUUAUUUCUCUUCUUUGUUCUUAUAUUUUCUCCAUUCUUUCUUAAUUUCGUCUUUUACUUUCUUUUCUUUUCUCCUUUCUUUCUUAUGGCACAGUUUUUUUCCUUUAUUUUUUUUUGCUUUCUUUUGAAGGGGUUUCCGGUUCUCCAUCUCUCUCUCUCUCUCUCUCUCUCUCUCUCUCUCUCUCUCUCUCUGGCCUCUCUAUUCUCUUUCCGGCUCAACAUCAGCAAUACUCUGCUCGGUAACUCUCUUUCGACAGCAGGAUACGUGACUACUUCCGGCGUCUUCCGACGUCUCCGACUCAUGGCCGGGCUUGAGCACCCUCGGAUCGCUUCUCGGUCAACUGCGACUGCUCCAUCUCUUCGCCCUAAAUCUCUCCUCGGCGUCAAGAAGAAAAGCACGUUCAGAGAUAAGACCGUUUAUAAUCCUGAUCUAUCUAUCUAUCUAUCUAUCUAUCUAUCUAUCUAUCUAUCUUUUACAUAUACAUGA